GAAUUUUGAUAAUUUAUCGAUAUUUAAUUUUUUAGUCCAUCCAAAGAUGUGAACGCAUUUUCACCGGAGUUCGAUCAUCUCUUCAGCAUUUCAAAAAAAACAUAAUGCAAUUUCCACACGAAGGUUCAACGUUCAGUGGUUCCUCCCACCCAGUCUACUGUCACGUCUAACAGCUGAUAUCAGUACUGACCGGAUGUUAAUCACAGUAAAAGGAUCAUCCGUUCAAUUAUGCCGCCGUGUGAAUCCACCGUGGUGCGUUUACGGAAGUGUCUAACGGGGGAGACGUUAUUACAGAUAAUAUGACGAAAGAGAGGCGUCACUUGCCGGCGGCCGCACUUAGAUUUAUAGAAAGGCCCUCGUACAGGUUAUGCGAACCACUUUAUCUGUCAGGUCACGUACAGCACGAUGGAUAGGCACAUGUAUCUAUGGAGAGGCGCCGACAGAUUGUCCUUUACGUUCGGCGACAAACCAAACGGCGUUAUUUGCAAACUCGCCACCGUCAAGAAUCACAUCUUCGCGGCGACGACCACCAGCAAUCUCUACUACGGGGAAGUGUCGCCACGCGAGGACGCCUGCCCCGCGCUCGUUUUCAAAAGGGCCCAACUCGAUGUCGUCGAUCUAGCAUCCAAUUCCGAACAUCUGUUCGUCGUCAAUACGAACGGGCAUGUUUUGAAAGUAAAUCCUCAGGACAUGAGUGUCGUAGACACCAUCAUUCUCAAGGAGGAAAUAAAAUACUGUAGCCAUGGAUACAAGGAAGAAAAUGAAGUAGUGAAGGUGAAAUUUAUAGCAAUUAAUGACAAUGCAGCAUUGUUCGUUACUGACAGUGGACAGCUGUGGGCUAGUGGUAAUCAACCACAGAUAGACAUAAGUAGUACAGAACCAAAAAAGGUUAAAUUUUUUGAAGGGAGAACAGUGUCUGAAAUUGCAUGUGGUUCUAAUUUCAAUGUGGCUGCUGUGAGAAAGACCACCAAGCUUAUGAAGGAUGAUACGGAUAGCGAAAACGAGUUGGAAGAAGAGAUUUUUGUUAAUUCUUGCCCACAAUGUCUUAACAACAUUAUGUUAAGUCCUGGAAGUGUAACAUCGUCAGACACGUGUCUCACCGGUCUUCACGCGCAGCAAUUCAGUGAAGAUCGUUCGACGAAUUCCAUCAGUGCUCUAUCCACUGCCAGUAAGGAGCAUGUUUCUCUAUCGGAAAUAGAUAAGAAGGGACAAUCAUCUGAUAUUGUUGAAAAUGGUGAAGAAUGUCUGAAUAAUCUAACAGAUUCUGACAAAGAUGAAAAAAGAAACGUUAUAUUUAUAAACACAGAGACCGCUCGACAAUUUCUAACCAGGCAAUUAUCCUGGGUUUCUUCUUAUGGAAGUGCGAAAGAAGAUAUUCCUAUGGAAAGUGUCGAUCGAUCUACAAGAUUGAUAAAGCAAAAUGUUUCGAACAUGGCUAAUUUAGUAUAUGAGGGUGUUAAAAAUGUAGGAGGCAAAGUAGUAACUUUAUCGAGACAUAUGAGCGGUAGUUCUGAUAUUAACGAAUGUAAAGCUGAUAGUAAUGAAAACUUAGAAGAACAAGGAGAUACUUAUACAAAGCCUACUGUAACCAGUCUGGCACUCAGUUUACGCUGCGAAGAAUUUCCUUGGUCUUCGAGUACUGGUUCCUCUGAGCAUGAAUUAUCCCAACAAGGUUUGAAUGAAAGAAUUAAUGCAUUGUCUCGUACUGGCAGCAAUAUAUUGGCAACAGAGGUCUGGACAUGGGGUGAUGUACAAUAUGGACAAUUGGGAACGGGAGAUAUUAUUAAACGACCAAGGCCAGUAUUAGUAAUGAAGCUUAGUCAUACUGGUAUUAGAAAGAUAUCUUGCGGUGCCUUCCAUGUACUCGCUUUAACACUGGAUGGCAGAGUAUUUGCUUGGGGUCGUAAUAAUUUUAAACAAGUCACCUUGCACACUAUGGUAGAUCAAAGCGCUCCUCAGCUGUUUACCACAAAAUUAUCUUCCAAUGAAAGAGCUAUUGAUAUGGCAGCUGGUAGUUUCCAUAGUUUAGUAAUGAUGCAUCAUGGUUUAUACUUUAUGGGACAAUCGAGUAAAGUUGGAGAUAUGUUUCAACUUGACAUACAAAAUAAAGAUGAAUCAAACAGUCCGAGAGGGAUUUUCAGUUCUGGGCAAUACAGUUGUUGUUCUGUGAUAAAUGAGCCGGCAGUGAACGUAUCAGAGGAUUUGAUAAACGACCAGAUUUUUCUGGAAGAAAUGUUGACGGUUUAUCAAAAUCUCAUUAAGCCGUUUCAAAAAAAGAGUGGUGUAACUCAGGAAGCCAAUGUAUAUGAAACAUUAUGUCGUUGUUAUGCGGAGCUGAUGCACUUUAGCGUUUUAAAUGUCAUAAGUUUGUGGGAUUAUUUUAAUCAUGUUGGAGAAGCAUAUGAAGUCACAAUUGUUGCCAAUAUAGAAGAAUUUACUACAGUGUAUAAAUACUAUCUGAAUGCUGUUUGCGAUGUUAUAUCUCUUGGUGGUUUUACACAUAUUGCAAAAGUCAUGGAAGUGCCACAAGUAGUAACAAAUUUGUUUGUACAUAAUUUAAAAAGUAGUGAUUUAAAAAAGCAUAGCAAUGAAAUUGUUAUAACAAUGGCAUUACAACAUCCCUUAUGUAAAUUAAAUAGAUACAAGAAUAUGAUUCAUAGUUUAAUAAAAAGUAAUGGCACAAAGAUGGGUGUUGAGCGAUUACAAGAAGCUCUUAUAAAAUGGGAGCAAGUACACGAUGAACAAGAUAAACGUCAGAAAGAAGCAGAAACUACAAAAUUAUUUUGGGAAAGUUCUGGAAAGCUAGGAGAAUCAUUAAGAUCUCCCAAUAGAAGGCUCAUUCGAGAGUCAAGAGCAUACCCACUGUCGAUACUUAAUUCUGGUAGAUUUUCAUCACAUUGGUUUAUUUUAUUAACUGAUAUUUUCAUACAUGUCACUGGAACUGCGCAUACGAUUCAUCCGCUUCAAACAUUAUGGGUAGAACCUUUACCAGAUUCCGAAAGUGUACAGAAUGCUAUUUCGAUUAUCGCACCAGAGGAUAAUUUUGUAUUAUACACUCCUACUCCUUCCGAACGCAAUGAGUGGUUACAUGCCUUGCAAAAUACUAUAAAGUGCAGUUUACAAAGAGUAAUUGGAAAUGUACCUCCAUUAGCACGAUCAAGUUCGUUCUCUUUCGUGAAACAUAAUGUUUUUAAAGAUGCAAAAUAUACUGGACGAUGGUUAAAUGGUAAACCACAUGGCUCUGGGAAAUUAGAAUGGUCCGAUGGUCGUACAUACGUAGGCCAGUUUCAUAAGGGUGUCAUUCAUGGUACUGGAAAAAUGGAAAUUCCAAUGCAAGGUGUAUAUGAAGGCCAGUGGAAAGACGGUCAACAAAAUGGAUAUGGAACAAUGAAAUAUGUCAAUGGAGAUUUUUACGAAGGAUACUUUAAAGAUGGAUUACCUCAUGGUCACGGUGUCAAAAAAGAAGGUCACUUUAUGGCGUCAGUUGCAUCUGUUUACAUUGGAGAAUGGGCUGCUGGUGUUAAACAAGGUUACGGUAUAAUGGACGAUAUUAUGACAGGUGAAAAAUAUCUUGGGUCGUGGAGUAAUAGUAUGAAACAUGGUAAUGGUUUAAUUGUGACACUUGAUGGUAUUUAUUAUGAAGGUGUUUUUACACAAGAUGUCCUAACGGGUCAUGGAGUAAUGGUAUUUGAAGAUGGCACACAUUAUGAAGGUGAAUUCAAGUCUGCAGGAAUAUUCUGUGGAAAAGGUACAUUAACAUUCCGAAGUGGUGAUAGAUUAGAAGGCAACAUGAAUGGUGCAUGGAAUGAAGGUUUCAAAGUUAUUGCUACAUUGCAUAUGAAAGCUAGUGGAACUGCGCAAUCUAAUUCAAAACCAGCAUCUUUUGGAAAACUAUGUGUACCUCCAGAUCAAAAAUGGAAAGCGAUAUUUAAACAAUGCUAUCAACAACUUGGUGUAUCUGAACCAGUUACCAAAAAUUUCAGUUACAGUGAAAAAUCUAUGGAAACGCAAAAAAUAUGGCAAAAUGUUGCUAGUAUAAUAACAAAAUCUCAUCAAAAAACGUUGCAACGAAAAAAAUUAUCCGCUAAUACUUCGAAUACAAAAGACAGAAAUAACGAAACUAUCGAUCAAUUAGACAAGAUACCGGGUUUUGGACGAGACAAGCUCACCAUUCAGACUUACAACGAAAUUCAUAAAUAUUUAAUAAAAGCUUUUGAAAGCCCACAUCAUCCAUUGGGCGCUCUUUUGACGGAAAUAGCCACGGUAUAUACAGCUACUUAUGGUGGCGUAAGAGUACAUCCGUUAUUACUUAGCCAUGCAGUGUCCGAGCUUCACAGUGUUACAACAAGGAUAUAUGAAAUUGUACUUCUCUUAUUCCCAGCUUUACCACGUUGUGGCAAAGAAUAUGUUCUUGAAACUGAUAGUGAAGAAGAGCAAGUCAUAAGCGCUGCUGCGAUACUUCACCCGAUAUUACUGCCACGUGUACAUUCUGCACUUUUUGUAUUAUAUGCCUUACAUAAUAAAAAGGAGGAUGAUGCAUAUUGGGAGAGACUAAUGAAAUGGAAUAAGCAACCUGAUAUAACUCUCAUGGCUUUCCUUGAAAUUGAUCAGAAAUUUUGGAAGACUACAAAUGUAAUAAAUAUUACAGAUAAUUCAUUACCGUAUCAGCAUGAACCUUAUUUUAGUGAGGCUAUAGAAACUUUACAGCAACUUAAAACAACUUUUUCCCCUUUAGAAAAGUUGUUAGUAGUCAGAAAUACAUUUGAACAAAUGACACAAGCAGUACAAAAAGAAUUAGGAUCUACAUAUUUAUGGACGAUGGAUGAACUGUUUCCAGUAUUCAGUUUUGUUGUAGUACGUGCUAGUGUAUUACAAUUAGGAAGUGAAAUACAUUUUAUCGAGGACUUCAUGGAACCCUACUUGCAAAAUGGAGAACUUGGUAUUAUGUUCACUACUCUCAAGGCAUGUUAUUAUCAGAUAUUACAAGAAAAAACAAAUAUGGGCGAUUAAAGACGCAAAUGUUUUCACAAAUAUAGUGGUACACUGAAA